AUGACAGUAAAUGAGUUCUACAUAAAGUUUGUAGAAUUAUCUUCCUAUGCUUAUGCCGGUGCAGUCGAUCAACCUCUUUUGAUUGAGCAGUUUCUCCGUCACUUAAACCCUUCAAUAUUGGGUCCACUUGCCCCUAUGACCUUUGGAAAUUUGAACGAAUGUGUAACAGCAGCCUUACGAACUGAGGCUCAUCAAGAAGGAAUUGAAAGAAAGAAUCUGGCCCAAGAAAGAGGAAAUGAUAGGAAAAUGAACAAGAAGAACCAAGGUUGUGGCCAACAGGGUCAUAAGAAAAAAGAUUGCCCACAACGACAACAGAGGUUCCAACCAUCACAUGGAGAACCCAUAGGGAGUUAUGCUAGGUCUACUCCUUUCACAGGACAACCGAAGAGUAACAAGUCUCAGACUUCAUCCUAUGGUUUCACACCCACACCAGGGCAACAAUCCCAUUAUCAACAUCAGUUCAAGCCCCAAGGUUUAGGAUUCAACCAGGGGUACUCACAGAGUUUCCAAACUCCUAUUUCUAUUGGAAGUCAGAGAGGGUUCAAUCAAGGAGGAGGUUCUAGUGCAAGCACAAACCAUCCUGGUCAUGGAAAAGGGAAAGCAAAGGAAAAAGCCUAUGGCCAAGCCUAUGCUCUUGGUGGUGAUGAUGUGCAAGGAGGAUCAUGCCAUGGAGUUGUGGAUGGUAUGGUUCUUAUCUCACACUCUUGGGCUCAUGUAUUAUUUGAUAUUGGUGUAUCACAUUCUUUUAUAUCAUUAAUGUUUGCUAGCAUGUUGGGUUUGAGUUGGGAAACUUUUAGUACUACACUGCAGUUGAGUGUACCUAUGGGAGGGCAUGGUGAAGUAUCAACCAUCUGCAAAUCAUUUUGUAUUGUGCUUGAAGGGCAUAAUUUAUUAGGAAACCUGAUGGUGUUACCUAUGGGGCAAUUUGAUGUGAUUCUUGGCAUGGAUUGGUUGUCUAAGUACCAAGCCAUUGUAGAUUGCUCACGAAAAAUGGUGACUCUUUUAACUCCAAGUGGAGAUUACAUUGUAUAUCGGGCCAGCAUGAAUGCAGUAAGGCAUACUCCUAUCCUUAAGGCAUGUUUUGGUGGGAAAAGAAACUUAGAGUGUUAUGGGAGUCUGUUUGCAAUCAAGGAUGAGUCUAGGCCUCUAGACAAGUUUCCUUGGAUAUCAGUGGUUAGUGGCUUUCCAGAUGUGUUUCCUGAGGAUUUGCAAGGACUACCACCUGAUAGAGAGAUCGAGUUUUGCAUUGAUUUGAUUCCCGGGGCUCAACCAGUUUCUACUACACCUUAUCGCAUGGCACCUGCAGAGUUAGCUGAAUUGAAAAAGCAAUUGGGUGAGCUAAUGGAUAAAGGUUACAUUAGAAACAGUACUUCUCCCUGGGGAGCUCAAGUUUUGUUUGCCAAGAAAGCUGAUGGAUCCUUGCGACUGUGCGUCGAUUAUCGGAAAUUGAAUCAGAUGACAAUUAAGAACAAGUAUCCUUUGCCAAGGAUAGAUGAGCUGUUUGAUCAGCUCGAAGGUUCAAAGUGUUUUUCCAAGAUUGAUUUGAGGUCAGGCUAUCAUCAAUUAAGGAUUAAGGAAGAUGAUAUUCCUAAAACUGCUUUUAGAACACGUUAUGGACACUUUGAGUUUUUGGUGAUGCCAUUUGGAUUGACAAAUGCACCUGCAGCAUUUAUGGACCUUAUGAAUAGGAUCUUUAGACCCUAUUUGGAUAAGUUUGUGGUUGUUUUUAUUGAUGAUAUUUUGGUGUAUUCCAAGACACCUGAGGACCAUGCAUAACAUUUAACUAUUGUG